CAGAUAAUCAUCUUUGUGGAUGGUUCUCCUUCCUCCAUCAGCAUCAAAGAUGAGUCCAGAGAGGAAGGUGGAUGUUCCGGUUUAUGAUCUGUCUCUGAUCAGAGGAAUCUGGGAGGUCCGGGCCAAGAAAUACAGAAAGAAACAGAAGAAGGAGCAGGAGAGGGUGGAGAAGAGCGCUCUUGCCAGGAUUGACCGUCAGUGGCAGUAUCGCAUCUACUGCAAGAAGAUGAAAAGCAAAGAACUCACUCAGCUGCAUCAUUACCUAGAGAGGUCUACACUGACGGAUAUACAGCCAUAUACAGAGUGCAGAGACCAGCAGCAGGAUCUGCCAGUCCAGGGAGCUCAGAAGAAUCCAGAUCAGAAAAAACUGGUGUUUCAGCUGGAUGGAGAUCGCUGGAUUGACUUCCCCAAGGAGCUGCAGUGGAUGACCUACCUGGAGGAGUGGUACGUCAGAGGGACAAAGAUCCGCCAGCUACCCGACUACCUGGCUCUGUUCGCCCAGCUCACCAUACUAGAGAUUCCUAAAAAUGCCAUCACAGAGCUGCCGCCAGAGAUCGGUAAACUGACCGAGCUCAGGAAGCUGAACGCCAGCUACAAUCGUCUGUCCAGAAUUCCUCCAGAGCUGGGAGACUGUGAGAAGCUGGAGAAACUGGAACUCACAGGAAACCACAACCUGUCAGAGCUGCCGUUCGAGCUCAGUAGCCUGAAGCAGCUGGUUCACCUGGACAUUGCGGAGAACAGGUUUGUCUCAAUCCCCAUCUGUGCUCUGAGGAUGACCAGCCUGCAAGUUCUGGACAUGAGCAACAACAAACUGACCGACCUGCCGGAGGACAUGGACAGGUUAGAGCAGCUCGUCACCCUGUUCCUCCAUAAGAACAACCUCUCUUACCUCCCUCAUUGUCUCACCAACAUCAGCACAAUCAAGAUGAUUGUUGUCAGCGGCGACGAGCUCACCUGCAUACCGACCAAACUGUGCAGAAACCCCACCAUCAAGUUUAUCCGUCUGUACGACAACCCCGCCGGUGAAGAGCAGAGGAAGAGGAGGCAAGAGGAGGAGAAGAAGAAGAAGCAGGAGGAAAAGAGAAGAAGGUGGAGGGAGCAGAAGGAGGAGGUGAAGGACAGCAGAGAGAAAGAGUUCAUGGAGGCGUACAUCAGCUCACUGGAAAACAGAGACACGGUCCCCUGCGCCACCACCAAGGUCUCCAUCUCCUGCCUUCUGUGAGGAAGAGCAUGAUGAUGAAGUUCAGACUGAGGGUCUGACUCAUUGUGAAGGACUCGGAGGUGACCACACUUUGCUGAGCAGGACUACAACAUAUAAACAAAUCCAGAAUCAAGCAGCAGGAAGUUUGGUUUCUGCAGCGCUAAUGUUAAGAUGCUAAUGGUGGCUAACGAUGUAAAGUCUUCCAGAAAGGCUGUGGUGUUUAAAUGUGUUUAAAACGUGUCUUUACACAGGUAAGCGGGGAAAAAAUCUAAUUAUCAUCAUUAAAAAAUUAUUAGAUAAAUUUGAAAUAUGCUUUAUUUCCACCAAAUUAUGACUCAUUAGGUUUGAGGUUAGCAUGCAAAGUAAAAUGAAUCCUGUUCAGAUUUAUCACCAUAACGGUGAAAAUUAGCAGAUAAAUUAGCAGAUUGUUUUACUACAAAUCAAAGAAAAAACUCUCCUGAAAUUUGUAGUUUUAUUGAAAAGUAUUUACCUGGUAGCCAUAGCAACCUGUAAGUGGUGCCAAUGACAGUGAUGUUUGAGCUCAAACUGUGAUUGUUUUCUACUGAAGUCGUGGUUGAGUUUGAAGCGAACAGGAAGCCAUGAUGGUGCUGACGCCGUUUGUCGGUCUGGCUGAAAGUCCUGGAUUUAGCUGUUCCAUCCCAUAGACAUAAUAAAUUAUUAUUAUGUCUAUGUUCCAUCCAACCAGCCCAGUCAACCAAUGCUGACGUAGAGACGCUGACAGGAAGCAGUCGUCCCUCCUGCUGCCUGUAGGGGGCGGGGCUUACUAGGGCUGAGUCAUCGAUCGUAUCUUAAGCUACGAACAAACGACUGAUACGGUUGUUUCAGCUGCUGGAGGUUUAAUGAGUGUAAACUUAAAAACAACAAAAAUUUUAAAUCCAAACCAAACUGUUAAGGGCUUCCUUGGAUUUAUUUAACGAAUAAAAGUUAAGAGGAAACGAAGAUCAGCUCAAAUUUAAUAAUAAUAAUAAUAAUAAUAAGAAGAAGAAGAAGAAAAAGAACAAUAGUUUAGUUUAUUUGAAUGUGUUUGAGCACUUUUAAAACUAAAUUUUCUAUUUAUUUUUUUAUUAAACACAGUUUAGUCCAUCUCCAGGAACCUGACGUCACAUUUCAGUAUUGAUCUAUCAGGUUCUGGAAAACCUUUGUUCUUGCAGUGUGAUGCUUUCUUUUGGGAUAAACUGGAUUUAUCUGCGGAAAGAUGUGACCAAAUAAAGAAAGGCAAAACAUCAGACAACAGGACAGAUACCAUCCAGUAAACUCAGUUUUAAUUUGUGGGUUUAUUUUUCUGUUUUUACACCUAGGAGGAAAAAAUAAAUAUCUUUAGAUUCGUGUCUGGACUAAAAGGAGUAGAAUUGGGUUUGAAUACACAGACUGAAAAGCAUCUGGACGUUUCUAUGAAUCUGAGAAGUUUGUGUUUGUUUUGUUUUUUUAGUUUAAUAAAUGUUUUGUGA